CUGAGCCCCGACUCCCGACUAUCAUUAGAAAAAUGGAAGGAAUACCGAAGCCACUUGUAAAGAAAAGUAGGAGCGCAAACUGGCUUACCGAAGAAAAGGAGCUAUUGAAGACGUUGGUGAAGGAGCAGGUAUCAGUCAUCGAAAAUAAAAACACGGAUGCCAACACCAAUAAAAAGAAAACCGAUGCCUGGAACAAACUUUGUUCUACAUUCAAUGAAGUGAACAGCACUGGGCUACCACGUACUGUAAAGAAUUUAAAGACCCAGUGGUCUAUGAUAAAAAUGGACAAGAAAAAAGAGCUAUCCAAAGAAAGAAAAUCGAUUAUGAAAACUGGGGGUGGCAGCCAGUCACCAGUCAACCACGACGAUGAUGAGAUACUGAGCUGGCUGCCAAAUGAGUUUGUUGUCGACUCAAAUGAAUUUGACAGCGACUCAGUCAGAGCUAAUAUACCUGCAGAGACACCAGCAAAGGCACCAUCUCCGCUUAUAGAAGUAAUUUAUGUGGUGUCUCCUGAAGCUGUAGAAAAUAAUGACAAUAUAGAAAUGGACACCUUAUUGUCCACCCAGCUACCCCUCACUGAGAGCCACCCACAGCCGGAGACUACACACACAGCGCCUACCCCCAAACAACCUAACCCCAAACGCUCAAAGGGUAGUAAGAGGAAACGGCAAAAUAAAUUGAAUGAGGACAAUGAAAAUAUAGAUCUAAAUAAGCCUAUGGAGACAUUAAUUGCGAUGCAAUUAAAAAAUGAGGAAAAGAGAUCUAGGAUUCUCCACUUACAAGAAAUUUUUUGGGAAAAAAAAUGUGGUUCUUUAGAUUUGAAGACGGCAACAGAGGAAGAUUGUAAUUAA